AUGUACCAUCGAGGCCACAACAACAACUACGUUGGUAGAGCUGGCCCUUCCGGCAACCGCGCUGGCACUCCAGGUGCUCGUCCUGAUCCGGGUCGCGGCAGCAUCAUGUCCGGCAGCCGUGCACAAGAAGUUCGUCGCCGCCGUGAGAACCACAACAAUGUGGGGGGACACCGCGGUCCGCAAGUUGCUCGCUCCCUCGUUGACCGCAUCACCUACACUCAUGGUGGACCGAGUGGUGGAGGACGUGGACGCGGUCAACGCCCUGCUCAAGGUGCUACUCACCGUGGCGGUCGUGGCCAAGCUGGUAAUGCUCGUCCUCUCACCGAUCGCAUCACUGGUGGCAAUGGCAUGGGUAACGGCAGGGUAGCCGCUCAAGCUGCUAAUCACGUUCAAAUCAACACUACCGUUGACCACAACGGCUUCAGCAUCGCCCCCGAGACCCAAGAGACUAGCCACAACGUCACGUCUCAGCAACCUCAAGAUUCUCUCGAGGGCGGCGCUCAAGAGCCAACCUUUCCAUUCGACCCGCUCUUCGAUGAGCUACCCGGACCUUCUGCGCCUCAAGCUCGCGCCCCUGUGAGCGCCCCCCAGCGAGUGCCUCCAGUUCCUGUCAAUCGCGUCAGCAACCAGCACAAGCCGACUCGCGUAGUCAAGAACGCAGUCGACAUCUUUCAAAACGCUAAGUUGCGUGCUGUGCUCCGCGGCAAGAAGAUUCGUGAGCCCAAGAAAGCCCCCGGCAUGCUCCUUCGCAUGGGCAACAUGGCCCACGGCAUUCAGGGCCAUGAGCUCACUAGCUCUUCUCCAACGCACGACAAUGGCGAUGAUGAUGAGUUGUAG